AUGUUAGCAUAUCGAUCAGCAAUGCAAAUAAUCACCAUACAAUAUCAACACCACCGACUCAUCAGUAAUAGUACAAUAAGCAACGGCAUCACCGUCAUCUUCAUUAUUUACCAAUAUGCAAUCAUCGUUAACACACAUCCAACUACAUCAUUAUUAGAUAGUCAAACACAACCAAUCACUUGUGUCCAAACUACUACAGUUAGCUCAUCAUGA